AUGUAUGUAACUGUAUCUUUCACGAAUUAGAGACAUCUAUCAAGCCUACAGUGAUUCUCUGUUAGCUUUUGAUGAUUGUUAUAUUUCCUUUAGCGGGGUGGCAUCAACCGAGACAGAGUUUUAUCGCGUUUAAUUAUAAGGAUGCUGCAAGUUUUAUUUACUGCAGUGCAGUAGGACAAACGCAAACAAAUAGAUUAGUAAUUUUAAAUUGGAUCAUUUCAGCUGCCGACUUUGUCUCCUGAGCCAACUUAUAAAGUUUGUAAUCGAUUUUUGGUAGCAAUGUAUGGAAAUGAGUUGAAUGUUCAUAGAGUCUACCUGGGUGCUAUAAAAGUUGUUCCUCGACGAAGUCAUCAGUUGGUAUCGCAUAAUUUGUUUUUCUCGAGCCCUUGCUUUAACAAAAUAAAUUAUUAAAUACAAAAAAAGGCGAAAUAUACCACACGAUAUGGAGAAAUUCCUGAAAUGAAUUCACUAAUCCUUUUCCAAUCUUACUACUGCCUUCAUUUAACAGAAUUGCGCUAAUUCGGCUUGCUUUUGCUAAGGUGAUACAGCUAUCUUUUUUUUUUGUCGUCCGAGCAAGCACUAGAGGUCAUAAUUGUGACUGGAGGUGUCCUCCGAAACAAGUUCUGGUCUAAUAGAGGUUUAGAUCUGACUACUGGCUAGAAGUACUGUGCAAGCUUUACAGCGUGGCUGGUCACGCAAACUCUGAAAAAGUAGUAGCCCUCCUGUUGCUAACUACGAGUUUUUCUGGAAAUCCCGUUGGUGCGCUACGAGUUAACAAGUAAGUAAAAAAGAAAAAAAAAACAAAAAAAGAAACAGAGAAAUUGCAGAGGGUAUGUCCAGUAAGGCCUGAUGUCUGUGUAGUGUUCUCCUAAUUCUGAUAAAAGUCAAGCUCUCGUGUGUAACAUCCUGUUUACCUGAAGUUAAGGAUUCACUAUGGCUGAUGACGACUACGAGAGACUAGUGCCACUCUACUCCCGGCCAAAACUCGUAGUCGUAGUCAGAUCUGAGGAACUCUAGUAUCCGAGAGGCAACGGUUCGAUUCCCGUCGUAACCUUAUCAUUUUAGGCUUCUCUGCUAUUGCUAAAAUUGCAGCUCACCAGUAAGGUCAUUUCCUGCUGUAAUCCUAAUGCCGUUGUGUGAUUCGAUGCCAAGACAAUAACAAAAUUAACAAUUGUGUGGCUGCAAAUGACGAUUUUAUUUUGAAGGAAGUAAAACAUGCAUAUAUAUUGGGAAGUUAAUGGUUAAAUGUUGUGAAAAAAUCAGCAGUGGCACCUCUUUGUUUCAACUCGAAGGUUGUUAUUAAUUAUGAAUCGGGAUAGCUUUAAUUGGUUUAAUUCGAUUAGUUUAGAUCCACCUCAUUGUUAAUUCAGCGAGUGCGAUAUCAGUCGAAGUUAGCAUAGGAAAAAAGAAACAUGUAUCUACGGGCCCUACUGAUGUUUUCACUUAUGGGCCUUGCAGAAGCUUCAAAUCGUUUUUCGGAGCCAGAUUUUAAAUCUGCUAAUUUCGCAAAGGCGAUAAACGAUCAAAAACUCAACGGGAGUGUCCUCAGAGACUUUGAAGUAGCAUCUGAAAUAUCUUGUCAGUUUGAAUGUGUCUCUGAAGAUCGAUGUUUGUCAUACAACUUCCUUCCCAUCCACGAUAAGGAGACAAGUAGAUGUCAGCUAAGUGGCUCGGACCGAUUUGUGAGUCAGGUGAAUUUUACAAAAGAGAAUGGAGCAUUAUAUCGAGGAAUACAGGUAACAAAACUGAUGAACUCGAAUGUCCUCGGUUCGUUAAAGUGUCUUUUCUUUUCUCGUCUGAAUUUAUUUCAAACAGGAUGCUGCGAUUUUCAUUACAGUCAGGCUGGUUCUUUCAAGAAUUUAAUAAGAAUGCAUUCUUUGUAAACUAGGAUCGUUCUAUUUCGUGAAUAAAAGAAUAGGAGCUCUUAGAUGAUGCAGCGAUUUUGGUACUGAUUACCUUGCAUGGUGAGUGAGUAAUUACUGGGUUUUGAGGACACAUGCUGGGCUUGAAAAGCUUGAGAAGUUGAAAUGAUUACAACACGAUAAAGCGCUUGAAACUCUGGACUUUUGAUAUAUUUUAUGUAUCUAAGGGGUUUUAUCAACCUUUAUAAACAACUAUUUAUUAUUAUUUUCAUAUUAAACAAGUUGUUUCACGUCUCAGUUGAGUCAACUGAUUCCAAAGAAUACAAUAUCUUCCUAGAGUUAUUGGUGCUGAGAAGCACCUGUUAUGAAGAAGGCAGAAGUUCUCAUCAGAGAAGAAACGAGAACUCCUUACUAAGGCAUCCUUUCGUGAAAUGAAUCUACCUUAAGAUGAAUCAUAAUCUAAUAUAAAUUUCCUUUAAAGAGUUAAGGCUGAACAAAUGUUGUUAGAAAUAACACAGAAGAAGCCAACAUAGGAAUAAAUCUUGAAAUAAGGCGGGAUGAUUUUGUUUUAGGACUAUUCAAAACAAAAACUAUUUAUGUUCUGAGUUUCUUUCUUUUAAAAUUUAAUACAUGACCGACAAGAAGUUUUCAGCUAUUAUGGAGAUUCUCAAUGUUUGCUCAAUGUCGGCACGUACGCAAGCGUAUUGUUUUUCCAGAAAAUGUUUAUGUUUUCGCUUUUCUAGGUCACUAAAAUCCAUCAAAAGGGCGAUGAGAAAGGUUCAGACUAUCGUUUUCUUUAGUAAAUAUCAUCAAAAUGAUUUUCUUUAUGGAGCUAAGAUUCCACGAAGGGAGGCGCUCGCCGGUGAUAAUUUGGCUUUGCCUUUGAUUUUCAUUUUGUGAAAAAUUUGUCCUGCCGAUCAUUUAAAAGUAAAAAAAAAUUGGGGUUGCUGAGGCAGUUUCCUCGCUCUUUGCAAUUUUGUGUUUUCUUCCUCUAUCUCAAAUUUGGUCUUAUGAAUUUUUUUUUAUCAAAAGGUAUUAGAAGGGCACAAAUAUGUUUAACGGUCCAGCAAAUCUUGGGAAAUUUCAUCAAGAGACGCGAUCAAUCUUGCUCGAAAGAUCUCUAUGUUCUUUGUCGAAAAACAGUACGUAGUGGAAUAGAACUUCGUAUCUGAGCAUGCGUAAACUUUCAACUCUGUCACGAUCUGUCGCCUCUUGGCAAUCUCUCCCACGGUGUUUUCUUUUCGGUUGACCCCUUUUUCAGGCGUAGAAGGCCUGGAAAUAUUACGGGUGCAGUUUCAGGAAAGCUAAGAUUACAUUACAUAAAAACUGUUAAACUACUUUUAACACACCUUUUCAAAUAACAAUCCCGCGAUAGCAUCGAACCGCCAUAGUUGUGGACACUUUUUAAGCUCUCGCUAUGUUUGCACCCAGAUCUCGCGCGGUCAAAAAACCCUAUGGAGCCUCCUUAAAUGAAAAAAAUCCGUCAUCAUCCUUUUGAUAUCUCUUUGUAUAAAGAUUUUCUUUAUUUAUUUUUUAGAGCACCUGCGAGGAAGAUGAUCCUUGCAAGGAGAAUGAAACUUGUGUUGCUAACUACAAAUCAAACACUCAUGUUUGCAAGUGUAUUAGAGGUAAGUGGAGAUCCGCUCGGAGAAAGACAAAAACCAUUCUAGGAGAGGGAUAUACUGAAAAUGCCGAGGACAGAUGAAACGGGGAGAUUAGCACCAGAUGAGGCAAGGUUACGAAAGAUCAAGUGUGUAACGUCCAUUACACAAACAUUAAGAGAGAGAGAGUGAGGGAAAGAGAAUAUAUAAUUUUUGUUCUCGUCAAAGCAUUUUACUUUCGCGUUUAAUUUCUAGAUUGCCCCAAGAACUGUCUAGACUAUUAUCAAAAUGGUUCCACAACUGACGGUGUGUACUGGGUUUACCCUGAUAAAGAAGAACCCUUUCAAGUGCUGUGUGACAUGGCAACUGAUGGUGGAGGAUGGACCACCUUUCAAAGGCGCAUGGAUGGCUCCGUAGACUUUUAUGUCGACUGGAAUUCAUACAAAAAAGGCUUUGGAAAUCUGGAGGGCGAGUUUUGGCUCGGAAACGAUUAUCUUCACCGUCUGACUGCAUCUGCCAGCAUGGCGUUUCGAAUUGAUAUGGAGGAUUAUGAAGGCGACCGAAGAUUUGCAAAGUAUACGACUUUCGCUGUGGCCGGCGAAAGCGAUAAUUAUCGAGUGACAAUCGAUGGAUACCGAGGUACCGGAGGCGAUGCAUUGCUAUCUCUCAAUAAGCCUAUCAGGUAUUGGUUCAUAGCAGCUUUCUGUACUUUGCUCCAGUUAUAUAAGGGUAAGUUUUGAAAAGCUCCUGUCCAAGAAUCUGGAAGUACGUUUAGGAUUGCCGGAUCCCUGCACUUAAGCUGAUCAACUUUUUUUUACAAAUGACAAAUCUAAGUUGAAAUAUCACAUUCCGGAUGCAUCAUCGCCGAUCAGAUAUUUCAACUUCCAGUUUAUUGCAAACUAGGAUUACUCCUUUCAACAUGAUGACAUCAAAUUCAUGUUGAUACUAUUAACUUUAAAAAAAAAGCGUACUAGAUUACAAUUCUAUGUUCUCAAACUUUCCUGAUGGGGGAAUCGUUUUAUGUGCACUGCUGACAAUUAGUGCUCCUUACAUAUAUCCCACCACACAGUGCCGUCUGCACUUUACUGACUAUGAUAUGCUGUUAGAAGCAUUGCUUCCUCGCUUUUUCUCAGUUUCUUACGGAAUGCCUUUGAUAUCCUAGAAACAUGAGGUUUACAACGAAAGACAAAGAUAACGACGUUAAAAGCAGUGGAAACUGUGCGUUAAACAAUAAGGGUGGCUGGUGGUAUAAUAGCUGCCAUAACGCCAAUCCAAAUGGUUUGUAUAAAGGCGGAGGUAACGCACAAGGUAUUACGUGGGGGUCAUUUCGAGGACAAGGAUAUUCUUUAAAGCACACCGAGAUCAAAAUUCGACCAGCAUGA